UCUCCUCCCCAUCGUCCUUUGGUUAACUACAUAUAUACAUUUGUAUACCUUCAACCCGAAGAGACUUGAAAGUCGGCGACGAUAAUUCUUGUACGCCAUACAGACCCUAAUAAAUCUCACGUUCAUUCGAUACGCGCGCGGAAGAGAGAGCCUCUUGUUUGGUCCCGGUACACCUAUCUGGCGUCGGUGGCGUUUCGAGUUUGAUGAGAUAUACAUGGUUCCAAACCCCGGAGUUCCGCGACUCACAGGACGUCUACGAUAAUCAUAAACUAAUAAAACUGUUCCGAGCUGGGCGUGGCAUAGGUAUUAGUUUGCGAAAUAUUGUCGAGGGCAUCACCGUAUCCAAGGUCAUCGAAGGUAUUUGAGACUUAGCUACGCGACCAUGACAUACUUUCCAACCUGAAGCAAAUCCCUUCACCCUCGACAGCUUCUAUUGUUGAUCGUUAAUUCAAUAAUCGCCCCUUUUCAUAUGGUAAAGAGGGGGUUUUAGCACCAGGUAGACAGGGCGACUAUGGUCAUCAAGCUAGAUGCACACCAGACGUCCCUGGAAGCCUUCGGAAUACCUUGGACCUCCUGUCAUGCACAUCAUCCGGAUGACGAGCAGAGUCUGGUGAACAGCAACAAGCCGCGCUACUUCAGAAUCAGCGCGUCGGCGCCCCCUUCACCACCAGAUGUCUACCAAGUUUUAAAAGCCGGUAAUGGCUGUAAUAGCGGAAGUAGCGACGGCAGCAAUAGCGGUCGUAACCAUGUGGGCUGCAGGAUAGCUGGCUCUAGAUCUCGUUUAGCGAAGAUACAGAUAGAGCUUCAGCCAUGUCAACUCCCGACAUCAACUCCGACAUCCCCAUCGGCGACGGCGACGGCACCGGCCGAUUGUCGGCCGAAGCCGAAAAAGGCAAACUCGGCGCCCGUAGUUCUGCAGUCUCAAUCUCAGCCUAGUAUCGAUAGCGAAGAGAGAGAAGAGCGUGGUGGUAGCAACCCGUCAUCUCCAACUAGAGUAGAUGGAUCGCCUUUUACGCGUUCCCUAAGGACAGCUACUCCGGAUGCGAGACCGCGGGUGGAAGGAGCGAAGGUAACGCCGACCUUCUACUUUCCCCGCGAAGCAUUCGCCACACCGUCAGCUCUUGCCCUCCGGCCGGCAAAGCGGGGACGGGCAUCGACUGACGUAGACGGGCCCGGCACGGGAGAACUAUCGUGCAAGAAACGGCGGCUGCGACUCCACUUGGUAACGAGUCGGCUCUCGCAGCCGUACAGCUGGCCCGCGACCCACAUAUUGAACCGCGAGAGCGGUGACGAUACGCCCGUACUCAGCCGCUUCCUUAAAUUUGCAGCCGUCGGUGCAUUGAAGAGGGCUGGUCGUCAGAGUGCGCUCGUGCGUAAGGCUGCUAUCCUUAAUAGGGUGCGCAUCGGCGUGCGCCAUGCCGCCGUGCUCAGGGGUCACACGGUAAUCGCGGGGAUGGCUGCUAGAGGAAAUUUGCUGAGUCACGGCUUGCAGCUGGUGACUACUUCAAAUAGUUCGACGGGGGCACGGUUCCCCGGCCUCGCACCUAACCCAUACGACCACCCGAUCCCGCCGGCGUGGCGACCACACACGACGGCCUUCCACCCAUCACCUCCUAACUUAACUUCCACAGACCAGAGCGAUUCCGCAAGUAGCUCAGAGAACACAACUCCCAGCCCGACGACGACGCCCCCACUCCCUUCAUCGGCGCGGUCGAAUGUCCUUGGAAGACCCCCUUACCUACCGUUACAGGCGGAUGAUGAGGAAGAUGAAGUUUCAUUCCCGUCACCAGAUCUCGAGACCCGAUAUGCAGACCUCUCAGACGAUGACAUGGACGAUGUAUACGCAGAUUUCGGCGUGCUAUUUGGUUCCGGGGCGCGAUCACCAGAGGGUAGUGGGGGAAGUGACGAAGCGAGUAGUGGAGAACAUUUCUAUGAAGAAUACUUGGACGAACUAGAUGGGAUACGGUGGAUAGCAUAGGGAGUAUGGAAUUUGGGAUAUGAUUAUCGGCAUGCUGGCUUAACGAUAACCUUCGGAUGAUUAGGUGUUCUCAAACCCGAAUGAAAGGAGGUAAGAAAAAAAAAGGGGUGCUAAGGUUAUUAGGCGAUGGAAACAAGAUUGGUUUGAAAAAUAAGGAUACCAAAUGCGUCAUGCGUGGGAAUACCUAGAAACCUGCUACGGCCUCACGGCAACUUCCAAUGAUUCGAUAUUUGAGUAAAAGGCUGCGGGGAAAGACAACGCUUCCAAAGAUACCCAGGCAUAGGGCUGAUCUGUUGUUUGUCCUUCCCGCAAAGUCCUAAGGAAGGAGGGUACAUGGGAGCAUCUCGAGCAAAUUCGGGAAUAUCCAUGGAUUUGGUUGUGCCCAAUCCUUGGGGUGAUAUAUAGCACACUACUGGUACCUAUUAUGUCUUUGCAAGCCGGUCGAUAUAUGGAUUGAUUUCCCUGCCAAAUGCAGAGAUAAUAAUUAUGAAUCUCACCCACCCUUAGUAGAACAGAUAUCUAGGAGAAAUAUAACCCCCAAUAGAGCCAGACAGUACGUUAGAUAGUGCCCUGCAAUUUGUUCGCUCGAUCUAGAGCAAUGUCAACCAUCGCCUGGGCCAGGGGUCACGCCCGAA